UUCCACAUGCCCAUCUGCAGCUGAAAGUGGGUUAGCAGAUCCGAGAGCGAGAGAGAGAGAGAGAGAGAGAGACUACAGGCGUCCAGAGGAAGAAGAGAGCUCAGUGCAAAGCAAUCAAGCUAGCCAACAACACAGACAGGCAGGCACUUUAAGAAGGACGCCAAAGAGGGGAGGGAAUAACUUUAAAAAACAAUAAUAAGAGUUCAAAAUCUAAGCGUACUGAAUUUGGAGAGCUGUCUGACUUGGAUUUGUCUCUUUUGUGGGAUAGUUAUUGCCUGUUAUUAUUUUUAGUAAUUUUACACGGCUUAUCAGUUUUAAUGACGAGAUUAUCUUGAAGCAAAAAUGAGAGCACAGAUAGAAGUAAUCCCGUGCAAGAUUUGUGGGGACAAGUCUUCUGGAAUUCACUAUGGAGUCAUUACUUGUGAAGGAUGUAAGGGCUUCUUCCGAAGGAGUCAGCAGAACAAUGCAACAUAUUCCUGCUCCCGCCAGAGGAACUGCUUGAUUGAUCGGACCAACCGUAAUCGUUGCCAGCACUGCCGGUUACAAAAGUGUCUUGCCCUGGGUAUGUCUCGUGAUGCAGUGAAGUUUGGGCGGAUGUCCAAGAAACAGAGGGACAGCCUGUGUGCCGAAGUCCAGAAACACCAGCAGAGUCAGGUGCAGAACACUGUCAAGGAGGACCCUGAUACACUUACCCGGAUCUACACAACCAGUGUCAGCAGUGGCACAUCUGACCUUGACGAUAUUUCUUCACUGUCUGAUGGACUGCUCUUUGACCUUCCACUUACCCCUGAUGGCGGAAGCAGUUACUGCAACCUGGACCUAUUAACUUCUGCCCAGCCUUCCCCAGAUCAGUCCAGCAUAGAUCUGGCAGAUGCUGAUCAUAUAAAACAGGAAUCUAUUUAUGAAAUUAUGCUGGAUCCCAGCUUGUUUGCACACAGCGCCCUGGAAAGCAGACCACUAGCAACAGAAGUUUCAAUGAUAGAAAUCGAACAAGUGGCACAGAAUGUCAUAAAAUCCCACCUAGAGACUUGUCGGUAUACCACAGAGGAGCUGAAGAGACUGACAUGGAUGCACUACACACAGGAGGAAGUUCGAAAUUUGCAGACUAAGUCCACAGAAGUUAUGUGGCAGGAAUGUGCGCUCCAAAUUACAAACGCCAUCCAGUAUGUUGUGGAGUUUGCCAAGCGGAUAGAUGGCUUCAUGAACCUGUGCCAGAAUGACCAGAUUGUUCUUCUUAAAGCAGGUUGUCUAGAAGUGCUGCUGGUUCGAAUGUGUAGAGCAUUCAAUCCACUUAAUAAUACCGUGUUCUUUGAAGGAAAGUAUGGCAGCAUGCAGAUGUUCAAAGCCCUUGGAUGUGAUGAUUUGAUUAGUGCGAUAUUUGAACUUCAGCGGAGCCUGUGUCGACUACAGCUGUCAGAAGAAGAGAUUGCUUUGUUCACCGCCCUUGUUCUGCUUUCUCCAGAUCGUCCUUGGCUGAUGGAGCCCAAGAAGGUGGAGCAACUGCAGGAGAAGGUGUACUUAGCUCUUCAACACCUAACACACGAAAACUGUUCAAGUGAAGAUAAGUUAUCUAAGAUGAUUUCAAAACUGCCUAUGAUGAAGUCAAUAUGUAACCUCCACAUGGACAAACUUGAGUUUUUCCGGAUUGUACACCCUGAGACUGCUCACAGCUUUCCACCCCUUUACAAAGAAGUCUUCAACACAGAGUUGCAGUACUCUGUCCUUCGUGAGAGCUAGAAUUGGUGCAAGUAGCCAUUCCUCAGCAGCUGUUCAUUCACCGCCCAUGAUGUCACCACAUUCCUGGAGUCCCACCCCAAUGACCUGGGUCUCUGCGCCUACUUUGUCUGCACCCUUUCAUCAUGGGCUGCAACAGUACUCUUAAUAGAAUGUAGUGCACUUCAACCUCAAACAUGAUGAUGGCAGAUGGUCAGAUGAAUGUAGAUAUCCUUCUAUGGAAUCAUCAAAGAACCGAGUGCUGAACUGGAGAUAUGGGUUAUAUGGACCAGAUCUCUUUUAGUAAAAAGAGACAGAGACAGCAAAUUGCGCAUUAAUUAUCAUGUCUUAUUCCUUUUCAUGAGAACAUACAAGAGGGUGCGCAGAAAGUUAUGGAAUGUGUUGCUGUUUGCAGUUUCGUUUAUGCUGUACUCAGUUUUGCGCUUGUGCGUGCCACUCCUUACAUACUGCAGUGCCCAAAUGAUGCCUGUUCUUGAAUGCUGCUCCAGAAGUAAUGUUUCAUUUUUUUAUUUAUGCACAUUCUAACAGGUAGCUUAGUGACACUGGUGUUUUCCUCUGUGUCCAUUGAUGUAAAUAUAGCAAGUAGCUGGGAAGUAGCAGGAGACCGUCUGUGAUUGUUUUCUCAGAAACCAUUACUAUCCCAGAAAAUUUACUAGCUAUGUAUGCCUGUUAACAGUCCCUUCAGCUUUACUAAUCAAAGAUAGUGCUCUUCCUCACAGUUAAUCAUGGUGACUAAUUGUUUACCUCAGGCACUUUUUACCUAUGUGCGUAACUCUUCACAAAUGAGUUAUUGAUAUACAUCAGUGUCUAGCUUGUGACCACUUUAGUUUUUGUAGUACAUAAUCAUGUCUUAUUAAUAUUUACUGUUUUUUGUCAAGUACAUAGUAAUUUUGGGCUAGUAUCCACUGCUGAUUAACUGGCACUCACUGGUAUUUGAUGGGUAUGUACCCCUUAUUGCAAAAUUGUUAUUCACUUGUGAAUUAAUGAUAUAUUGUGGUGUAUCACUAGUAUUCACAAUUGCUUAAUGUUUAUCCUUCAGUGUUUGCUGGCACCACAUAGCAGUUGGGUUCUGUAAUCUAGAAGUAUCACUGGUACCCUCUUGCCUAAUGUUGAAAAGUGUUUCUGAUCACAGUUUUAAAUAUGAGUAAUCCCCACUUGUGUUUUGUUGUUGUUGCAGUAUCCACUAAUGUGGACUGAGUAAAUGUUGGUGUGUCAUUUUAAAUCACCAGUGUAUGUUACGUAUUUUUUGUUGUCUAAAUAAUAGCUGUUUACUGUUGAAAUGAAGUUGUGUUUGAGCGGUAUCAGUGAGUAUUUGCAGCAGGUGUUGUCGCUUCCCUUGGAAUUCUGGGAUUUUAGCUGUUGUUUGGCUAAUGGCAGUUGGCAUUUAGCAGGCAACUUCUUAUGUGCAGUUGCACCCUAACUCUGAUACUCAGUACACUAAAUUUCACACUCAUUUGACUUUUUUUCUACCGAGUAUCCUUUUGGAUAUUAUAGAUCAUCCACUGUAUAUUGUGGGCUUCACUGCAGCUGCCAGCAUUUUCUAAUACUCUUUUAUAUCUUUCUAACUUCUUAAUAGUAUUUAACUUUUUUAAAUAAUUACCAUCACUUUAUUUCCGUGACUUAUCUCCAGAAUGGGGGACAUUGUUAGUUCCCCAUCACUAAUGAGUGAUGUGGCUAAGCUUCUUGAUGGUCUCUGGCUGGAAGCUUAAAACCUGGGAACAUAGCUCUCAAGUGCUGUGGCUAAGAUAUAGUGGUAUGAUUUUGGCCCUCAUAUUCAACUUUUCUUUUCCUAGAUUUACUGAUGUUCCUCAUAAAGAUAGGCCCCUUUUUAUGAGUCCAUACAUUACUAAAUAAUUAGCCUAUAUACAAAUUCUCUAUCACUAACUAUACAGGGUCUAUCAUAUAAAGGUAUUCUAUUGUGAAAAAUAUGAAAGUCCUCCAUUCUGACCAUCUGCUAAAAUUUUUUAAAAAUCGGUGCUAUGAUUUUCAAUGCUCAGAGGUUGAGAAGCAUGCCCACAAAUAGCUCAGUGUGAACAUGGGAAAAUCUACAAAUUUUCUUUUCUUACAUGUUUUUGUUGAUGAAUAUUUAGUAUUUUGUGUUUAUUAGAACUCUCUAGUGCUUUACCAUUAGUUACUGGUCUAAAAAUGUACAUCCACUAGUUUAAUAUUUUUUGGUGCAUUAUGGAGUUUAAUUUAAUUUCUACUACAGCAAUGUGUGACUAUUUCCUAGUUAUAUGUAUUGAUGUGCGGUCUCGUCUAAUGCUUCUGCAUUUGCCUUUUCUUGGCGUUUAUCAUUACUCGGUGGCCACUGGUGCUUUACCAAUGAUUGCUGAUGUUUGUCCCCAAGAAACUAGAUGUUUACAGCUGCAUUCAGGUGUCCACGAUGUCCUCUGGUGUCAAGCUUGCAUUAACUAGUUGUUUACUGUAAGUACCUCUGAGUGUUUGAAUGGUAGCUGUUCAUGCUUAUUGGUACACACAUUUGUUUUCUUGUUAUUCGUGUACGUGUGUGUGUGUUAAUAGCCAUAGGUUGUUGACUGUAUUUCUUCCAGUAUUUUUCUGCUACAGCUGACAUUUCACAAAGUAAUUAAUACUGCUGAAUACUGUUUGGUACAUCUUCAUUAAUGUUUAAGUGGCACAUACUGGCAUUUCAGUGUUCAGUACUGGUACUGCGUCAAUACUGAAGCUGUGUUUGAUUUGUAUCCCCUGGUGCUUGUGCUUAUCAUUAAAUGUGAGCAUUUGGCUCACAGUCAUUAAUGUUUUGUUGGUACACACAACUGUGUAGUGCAUAUUCAGUAGUGUUCUAUUAAUGCUUGACUUGAGGGACAGCUGUUUGCCAGUGCACACUGUUGUUGAGCCAUGUGUUUCACCUGCAUUUAUUGACUCUUACACCUUCUAACUACUGUUAACACUGUUGAUGGCUUUUGUGGUGCAGAUGUGAAGCCCAUCAUCAGUCGUUGCCUGUCAUCCUUAUAAUUCCAAUAUGUAGGCUUCCUUCAUUGCUGCAGGGAUUGCAGUCUGUCCAUGCCAGUUGAGAAUUAAAAACAACUUAAAAUUCAAUGUAGUCACAUACAGAGGCUGUUCAGUUAAUCAGCAGUGUUGUCCACACAUAUUAAAAUCAGGUAAAUUAUAUGUAGGCAUCAAAUUCCUAAGCAUUACACCGCCAGAGCCACUGAUGUGAGAUAGUUCUUUCUGCUACCCUGUGUGUCAAUCACUGCAACUGCAGGUCUGUACAAAAGCAGGGUUCUGCUGUAAGAGAGAAGUAUCACAUUAUGUUAGUACCCACGAUGCAUGAACUGCAGAGUUUUUUUUUAAGAAUGUAACUUUGUUGAGGGGGGUAACUUUGUGGAGGUGAUACAGCCUCCUCUGAGAUGCUUCACUCUGAACUGGGCAUUCCUAAGUACCUUGCCUCCCCAGCUGACCAUCAGCUGUUUGGUUGCAUCAUUUAGAGUGUCCGCAAUACUAUCCCUGGGGCUGGGACAGCACCAGUGGUACAAUGGGCAGGAAAGUGGAAUGGAACAGCUUGCAGCAUCACAUAUACUGGCCCUGCACAUUAGAGAAGAUUUUUUGAUAUGCUAGUGACAUCAUUUGCAUCACCGCAUUCAGUGUUGGGUGGCUCUGACCCCUCCACAGAUUCAAUAGUUAUACUGGCAAUCUGUGUCACAAUUAUAAAGCAUCCCAUCACUGGGGAUUUGUCUUCAUCAUGGAGAGAAACCUCCUCCCUCCUGAAGUGGUCAAGCCAGUAAAGCUGCUUUUUCCCACCCUUCCCUCCCUCACUGUCAGACUCUUGCAGUCCCUCAGAUGCUAGUUGAUCUCAGAUUGUAUGGGUUAUAUUAAGGACAUCAUCCCUCUACACAAAGCUAGGGUUUGUGCAUCAUUUCUGACUACCGCUUAGCAAGCCAAAAGUUCUGGUAUGGAGAAGUGGUCACUGAAUCAGAGAAUGUUCAUUUCAUAAAUACAGCCAGAAAGUUUUGAAGGGUGCGUUUUCAGUGGUUCAGACCCUGUCCCUUUUGUAAAACAGUUUGACAGGCUGCUUACCUCCACUCAUUUGUUUAGAAAGAUGAAGCGAUGCUUAUCUUGCUUCAAGUAAUCAUUUUCAUUACCUCUCAACUGUUCAAAUUUUUCAAAAUGUCCAGAUUUUUGCCUCAUAUUUUUGGUCUAUUCCUCAUAAGAUAUGUGGUCUUCUGGCAAUUCACUGAGGAUUGAAGUCCAUGAGUAAUGACGUACGUUUGAGUUUCAGAUUUCAUAUCCUUCAGAAAAUGCAUGCGAACACAAAUUCUGUUACACUAGAAACUUUCUAAGUUUUAUAAAAGCAAUAUUUAAAAUCUGACCCUAUUUUCAGGUCUUUGCCCCCCCCCCCCCUUAUUUUUGGCUUUGUCCAGAGUUCUUCUGCUAAGAGGUAUGCUUUGAAUUAUUAUAUUUUUGUAAUCAGGUAGUGUAGGGUUUGGCAUGGUAGACUAUCCUAAGCACUUGAAGUGGAACCCCAACCAGUAACUAUUAAUGUGUUACUUUGCACCGCUAUUAAAUGUGUUAAAUGUGAUUGCUAGUGUAAACAUAAUGUGCACCGAAGUUCAGGUGUGCUACCACUUUUAGAAGAUAGAUAGCAAAUACAGGGUCAGGAAGAAAAUCUGAAAUGCAGCAAAUAAUGUAAGAAAAGGCCAACGGGGUGUUCAAAACUGAUGAUGAGAACACUGGAGAAGCUCCUACAAUUGGGGUUGCUUGCAUUGCUGUGCUUAAUUGGGGAAAUGCAUAAUGAUGUAACUGUGAACUUCCUGUUUUUGUUAUAAAGUUAUCACUAAAAACUUCAUCUCAGCCCCUAACAUAGCUUGCACUGGCUCAUGUCUGGUUCCUGUUAAUUUAUCUUCAUAGAUAAGCUGAUCUAGAUGUAGUGCCUAUUGCAAGAGAGACCAUCGCAGAGCAGGACGUGCGAUACUCAACACUUCAUUCCCUGCUUGCAUCCCCCUUCAGCUAGGUAAUCUGACCAGGUCUGAGUGUCAUUAUACUAGGUUGUCUGGUAUUUUGCAUCCAUUUUUUUCAGCAGAUUUCAGAAUACAGUUAUGAGGACAGGUAGGGGCUGUGCAGCAAUUCCUGCUUAAAAGGGGAUAUUCCCUGUUUACAUAACUGUAACACCAACACUUUUCUGAGUUAGCUAGGUAGAUAGUGUUAACUCUGGUCCGCUGAUGUUACCGGAAGUAGAUAAAGUAAAAGAGAAUUCACAACAUUGCUAACUGUUCGUCACAGUUUUUCUCUUGUUAUGUGACAGUCAAAACAAAAAUCAGUUUGGAAUCAUGUUAAUCAUUUGUAGAUGCUGCAGGUGUUAUUCAGCUGCAUUUUCUUGCUUACAGCUGUUGUAAGACAGACAAACAUAUGGGUGGCACUUUUAAUCUCUUCAUUUGAUGGAGGUUCUUAUAACAGUUUAAAGAACUGCAAUUUCUGGUACUGUCUUUCAUGUAGCUGCAACUUUUUAUAAUUAUUCCGCAUGUCUGUUCACUCUUCGGAGUUGUGCUUUGCUGGCCAACAAAUUGACUACUGACUACUAGUUACCAUAUCUAGGUACCCAGGUUCUUGUUCUUGAGUUGGUAGGUGGUCAAAACUAAAGACUGAUGCCAGCAAUAUGCCAGAAUUUAGCCUCAGACCCAGUCCAAAAACUCUUCCUUAGUGUAGAAUAGUAUUACUAUUUACAUCUAUGUAUGGUAGUACACAGGUGAAACUGUACCUUGAAAUACAGGUAAUGACACUGCAGUCUCCCUUUGCAGUGGUAUGGAGCAUGGCUGUGCUACAACACACAGUGGAUGCAGCUCUCACGUCACUUUUAAGCACUAUGUGCUUAUGCUGUAAAAAAUGAUAAUGAGGCAUGGAGUACUGCCCUUGUCUGAGAGAUUGUUUGCGUGUUAGACUGGUACUUUGUCAUGUGACAUGAGCAAACCGAAAUCCUCACACUGUCUAUAAGUCAAAAAAAAAUAUUCUUGUGAAUGUUGUGUUGAUAAAAAAUAUGUAAAACUAAAGUAAUAAAGGCAGUUUUGCAAUGUUUUUAUGUAACUAGGGAGGGUGUAACAUGAAAAGGUAGUAGCACUUUAUUUUAAGUAUAUGUGUAGUUACAAUGUUUGAGUACUGCUUUAUACUGAUUUGCAGAGGUCUAGUAUCUUCAAGUUAUCAGUUGCACAUUACCUAAACUCAUAUGACUCUGUUUUAAAGAUGUAGCUUUCUGAUAAAACAAUGAAAAAUGUCUAAUACUAAAGAACAAGUACUUGACUCACAAGAAUUAAAAUCAGCAGUCAUCCCCCUUAUGUCAGUCAAAAAAGUUUCGUAUGUGUUUCAGAAAAUGUAUAUUAUUUCACUAGUACUAACUUCUAACCUGUAAGUGACAUUCUUUCUGUUUCAAAAUGUAGGUGUCAAAAACUGGAAAGAUGCAAAUUUUAAGGGAAUAAAUGGAUGAUUAUGCUUGGGCCAUUUGCUUAGUACUACUUUCUCCACCCCCACCCCCACACAUACACAUACACACACUUUGUGUACCAUCCAGCUCAACAUCAGUGUCUUCAGUGUUUACCCAAUUCCGCCUAACAUGGCCCCAGUACUACCUUCCAGCGCUGGGAAUACUAUGGCCAUCACAUUCAGAAGGGGAAGUGAAAUGUGGAGUGGAACAACAGCCAAUGCCGUAUACAGAUUUCCUUUGUUAUGCCCUGAGUGGAGCUGCUGAAAUAACACCCAUCACAGCACAUUGAGUCAUUAAGCUCCAGGGGUGUAUUAGACUUCAGGCAGAAACCCCACACUCUCAUGUGGAAUGGGUGAAACAAAACUGGCACUCCUUCACAUAUCUUUUCACCCAGUUCCUCAACUAUCUCAGCUAUUAAUUGAACUCUGGUCAACUAGGUCAUAGUCUGGACUUUAUUUCUUAUUCUGUGGAUCUGGAGAAUAUUUAUCUCUUUUCUUUCUUUUGUUUCGAAUGUGUUAUUCUUCACUCACAGUUUCCAAGAAAUGUAUAGCUUAUCUAGAGUGGUGUUUGCCAGUAUCCUGUACCCUCCCUCUGUCUCACCCACCCCAGAUUAAGACCGCCGAAACAAGGUUUGCUUUGAUUAGCAGGAAAGGCUCACUACCCCAUGACCCUCCCGAAACCACCAAACACACACAUGAGAUUAUAAAAGGAGGCACUAGAACAGUCUGUGUUGUGUUUUGUAGACUUAUUUCUGUUUUCAGCCUCCUGCUGCCCUCUUGUGCAUCUUCCAGUGUUCAGUCUCGUCCUGACAGCCUCAUAUGGACACAGCAGAUCAUUUGGCAGGAGUGUGCUUCUUGAUGUGGGUGGAAGGCUUAUUCCAGCAUUAGCCCUUAUGACAAAUGUUACUUGAGUAAAGUACUUUUUACAGUUCCUGCCAUGCCACUACUACCCUCAUAGUAACACAUUGCCACUUGGCAGCUACACCAACCCUGCAGAGACUUUUGACUUGAAAAUAAAUGACCAGAAAGUGGUGUUUGUGCAUUUAACCAGAAGUAAGACUCGUGAGCACUUUUCACAAUUGCAUCCUUUAACGGUAUGUUUUAUUGAAAAGGGUUUAAGAUCAUAAAAUAUUAAAAUUAAACUGUAACAUGCUGUAAAAACUGUUAGGUAGUUGCAAUGAACCUGUUUUAUUAGUUGUCUUUUAUAGUGUAGAGUAUUUGAGUGUUCAUCACAGUGGGCCAUCAAUGCAUAAAUUGUUGAUUCCCUCUAUGUGUAAAGUUAGGAUGCAGAAGGUGAUCUUUCAUGCCGUGGGUGGAGAGGGCACAGUUCUCCUGUGGAUAAUAGUUUUCAUCAACUACUUGCAAUUCCCAUUGUCUCUGUGUUAAGCACCCAUGCAUUCUCCAUUCUAAAUACAACUACUUUUUGUCAGGAACAUAUUUCAAUAAGAAGAUGGUCUGCAAUUACUAAAAGGAACAGGCAGUUACUUAAAAUAAAGUGCAGCCAAAAAAUGGAAACACCUAAUGCUUAGAUGUGCUGCGGGGGAUUCAUUUUUAAUAGAUUUUGCAAAUAUUACUGUUGUCAUUGAAUGUUUUGUCUUUGUAAGAAUGUUAAUUCUAUUUUUUUUAAAAAAAAAUAGUUAACAAAAAGGGCAGGCUUUGUGAGAAUGUUUGUAUAUAGUGUGCAUGUAUCUAUGUGCGUGUGUAUGUGUGUCAGAAAGAGAUGAAUGCUAAUGUAUACAAAAAAGCCUUGUCAAAACUUUUCAUUAAAAAGUUAAGAAAAAAAUCAUAAUAUAUUGUUUCAAAUGCUGAAUGAGUUGUAAUAAAAUGAAUACAAAUACAUAGCUGUAUGUUGCAGGAAAUUUAUGGAAUGAAAAAAUAAAAUAUAUUUUAUAAAG